GGUUAAGCUCCAUCCGAGCAUAACUUCACCACGCCGCAUGGAGUCAUAGAAGUAAUUAUCCUAACCCCCCUCCCCCUAUGGCUGUCCUCCUGUCUUGAUCCUACCCGUCACGACUCGAAUAGAUAGCUACCGUAGUAACUGUAGCCGCGCCCUCCCUACAUACCCCGCCUCGAAUUGUAUCGAAUCGAAAACAACGCCCGCUUCAACAGACAUGCGAGCUGUCUUCCUUCGCGCUCGUACAACACCUCUCUCCUCCCCUUCCCUGCACAUCCUCCGCCGCACAACUGCAACAUGGAGCUCCGCAAUACGUCAUACACAACAUCGCAGCAGCGCCUUCGGAACCGCGACGUUUCAGCAGCGGCUACCAGGGCAGCAGCUUCCUCCUCCUUGCAGCAGCAGCGGUAGCAAUUACACAUUACGCGUCGUGGGCUUAGGAGCUUUAACAGCACUCGGGCUCGCGCUCACGGCGCCGGUACUCCUGACGGAGGCGGAGGCGAAGGCGGAGGCGGAGUCGGCGGAGACAGCACCGCCAGCGCCAGAGAAGACGACGGAGCAGCUGAUGCUGGAGGAAUCUGAGCGGGAGCGGCGGGAUCGACACCACACGCCGCGCGACCGGCCACUGGUAUACCGGAUGCUGCGGCGCACGCGGCUGUUCCUGAUCGACUACAUCAUCGAGCCGAUCGCGACGGGGUUUCGGUUUAUUACGCUCGUCACGAUAUUUGCGCCGCUGAUCCUGACGAUUCCGUUGAUCUAUGUGGGCGAGCGAAGGAAGGAGAGGAGUGGUGAGCGCUCAGGCACGCUAUGGUGGUACGCUUUCUUGCUCAGGAGCUUGGAGAGGGCUGGGCCUACGUUUAUUAAGCUAGGACAAUGGGCGGCUUCGAGGACCGAUAUCUUCCCGACCGAGCUGUGCGAGAUGCUGUCGAAGCUCCACUCCAACGCGAAGGCGCACUCCCUGCGGGCUACCAAGCGGAUAGUCAGCCAGGCGUUCGGCGGCCGCAAGUUCGAAGACAUCUUUGAGGAAUUUGACGAGACGCCGCUGGGAGUCGGUGCGAUUGCGCAGGUCUACAAAGCAAAGAUCAAGCCCGACCUAUUGCCGCCCGAGAGGAAGGAAGAACGGAACUUUCGGCGGAAUCUGCGCGAGAAGGUGCAGGGCCUGGUAAAGAGUUCGCCGCCAGAGGGACCGCCGUCGUCACAUGUCGCCAUCAAGGUGAUACACCCGCGUGUGGAUAAGAUUGUGAAUCGUGAUCUCCGGAUAAUGCGCUUCUUUGCUACCCUCAUCAACGCGGUGCCGACGCUGGAAUGGCUGUCGUUCCCGGACGAAGUGGAUGUGUUCAGUGGCAUGAUGCGGUUGCAGAUGGAUCUACGGAUCGAGGCCGAAAAUCUGGCAAAGUUCCGCGCAAACUUCAAGGGCCGGACCACCGUGACUUUCCCCACCCCAUAUCGCGACUACACGACGAGGGAUAUCUUGAUCGAAGAGUUCGCACACGGCAUGCCGCUCAGCGCUUUCCUUGAGUGCGGCGGCGGAAACUACCAGGAAGGAAUCGCUAAUAUGGGCCUCGAUGCAUUUCUGCACAUGUUGGUCCUCGAUAACUUCAUCCACUCGGACCUCCACCCGGGCAACAUCAUGAUUCGGUUCCUAAAACCUAGCUCACAGCUACCUCUAUUCUCUCGGAUCCCUUUCUUCUCUUCGGCCCCUUCCUCCAAGUCCAAUCACGAAGAUGGCACGGCAGAUGUCCGCUCCCGCCUCACUCCCCACCGUAGCAAUCCGACCGCAUGGACAGCCGAGCUCGCCGCGCUCGACGCAGAAGGCUACCGGCCACAGCUCGUCUUCAUCGACGCCGGCCUAGUAACAGAACUCAACAGCACCAACCGCCGCAACUUCCUCGACCUCUUCCGGGCGAUCGCCGAAUUUGACGGCUACCGCGCAGGGCACCUAAUGAUCGCCCGCUCACGGUCGCCGUCCACCGUGCUCGACGGCGAAGUAUUCGCGCUGAAGAUGGAGCACCUGGUGCUCGCGGUCAAAUCGCGCACGCUCGCGCUCGGUAACAUUAGUUUCGGCGACAUCCUCGGCGACGUGCUAUCGAUGGUGCGGACGCACCACGUGCGCAUGGAAGGCGACUUCGUCAACGUCGUGCUGUCCAUGCUGCUGCUCGAGGGCAUCGGCCGCGCUCUCGAUCCGAACAUGGAUCUCCUCAAGAGUUCUCUGCCCAUGUUGAGGGCUGUGGGCGCCGGCGCCGCUAUGAGCCCCGUCGCAUCCGCCGAGUCGCCCUAUAACCCGGGCGCGCUGUCACUGCUCAAGGUCUGGAUCGCACUGGAAACUAGACAGUUCGUCACUAGCUCCAUCGAGAUCAUCGAGGACUGUGUCAAGUAUGAUCUGCUGAGCCCGAAUAUUUAGAUGGUCUGGUGUUUUGCUUUGUUUUGCUUUUUGUCUUUUGCAUAAGACGGCGGUAUAAGUAUAGUACUCAGGUAGGCGUUUGAAUUUUGCAUGUACAUGUACUCUACAUAUGCUAUAUUUCGAAGAUUUUUGGUGGGGGUGUAUAUUACGAUGAAGAUAUUAGGAAUAGAUUACAGAGGCAGGAGUGAUCACCCAGACUCGAACUCGAACGCGAGUGAUAUCAAUC